AUGGAUAAUAAGCUCUACAUGAAGGAAAAAUUCUUAUUAACAGAAUAUGAGGAAACUUUGGCCAGAGAAGAAAUCUUUUGGAAGAAAAAGGCCAGACAAAAUUGGUUGGAGUUUGGUGACAAAAACACCAAGUUCUUCCAUAAUAGCACAAAGCAAAGGAGACUAGUUAAUAGAAUUACUAAAAUUAAAAUAGAAUCUGGGUCUCCCAACUACAGCCCGGAAGUCAUAGGUGCAAAAGAAAUUGAAUACUUUAUGAACAUUUUUAACAAUCGGGAUGGCUCUAUAUUAUCCUUGCAGAAUGAAGUACUCAAGUGCAUUCCGAAGAUAAUAAACAAGGAUCAAAACCAGUUAUUAAAUGUUGAAUUCUCUAAGAUAGAAAUUGAGAGAGCCCUUUUCCAAAUGAAUCCAGACAAGGCCCCUGGGCCAAAUGGAUUCCCGACCACCUUUUUCCAGAAAUGCUGGCACUUCAUUGGGGAUGAAGUCAUAGAGGCAUUAGAAGGAAUUAGGAAUUCAGGGAAGAUUCGUAAGGAAUUAAACAAAUGA